AUAACAUCGACACCAGAAGCAAGCACCGUAUUCCACACCCUGCGCGUCACUAGCAUGUCCACGGCGACUAGGAACACCACCCUGACGUCAGCCCCUUCCACGAGCCCGACAAACUCGGAGACCGGCAUCAGAAGCCCCGAUGCUGUCGAUGAGCCCUGGAGGCGGUGGCUGGCGGGACGCGAGGCUCUCACGCAGCUUGCAGAUGGCUCGCCGAGCUCCGCGCCGCUGGCAUACCCAUCCGAUGCCCCAAACUACGUCUCCGAGUGCUGGUCCGCCUUCCCCAACAUCACUGCUGCUUCGUCCGCGCCAUUCGCCAACACGACCUUCCACCUCCUCGCCAACUCCACCGCCAGCCUGUUCCAAAACAGCACUAUGACGGCCACAGCGGCACCGAUGAACAAAACCUCCGCGCCGUUCCUCAACACAACCGCACCGCGCUUCCGCAACGCCACCACCACAACCGCCCGCUUCUGGAACACGACCGCACCCACCCUAAACGCCACGACGGCGCGGUUCUGGAACACAACGGCCGGGCCUCGGUUCCGCAACACCUCCACCCCGACCACCACUCCCUCCUCUACAGCGACCGUCGACCAGACCUGCGGCGAGACGGCCGCGGCCUUUGGCCUGUCUGCGUCGCAGCCCGGCGGUUUCAUCGACGGCUGGCGCCUGCGGCAGUCGGGCAGCUCCGUCGUGCUCGUGUCGGGGCCGUCGCGCGCCUCGCUCUUCUCCGUCGGCGCGUCCGGCCGCCUGUGCGCCGUGGGGCGCGCAGGCGCCGUCGGCAACGCCGCCGUCGCUGUCGUCGAGUCGCGGCGGGAAGCCGCCAGCCCGCUGUGGUUCGUCGACGGCGCGCUAGUCGCCAACCUCACGGAGCUGGGGUACGCCGAGCUGCGGUGCGCCGACCCGGCGGCGGGCUCGCUCGAGUGCGCGGCGGGCGAGGUCAUGCGCGCCUGGAUGGGUUGCGGGCUGCAGGUCACCAUCGGGAGCGGCGGCGAGGCCGAUUACGAGGGCAUCGAGUGCGAGGGCGUCGAGCUGCUCGUGUCGGGUGGCAAUGGCACUCGAGGCGGCGGCGGCGGGGAGAACGGUACUGUUGCUCGGGGGCCUGCUUUGUUGCCGACGGCAUCCCUGAGUGCCGGUGGUAGCUCAUCAAGGGGCUCUGUGACUUCAACGAGCCCGAACUUUGCAGAUGUCAGGCGGCGGCAGCAGAGCUGGGGUUUCCUCUUGGGGCCCCUUUUUGGAUUCGAGAGCGAAGGCGAGGAUUUAUGA